AUGAAUCUUAUCAUCAAGGCAGCAGGACGGGAAACCAGGGGACCAAGGACAGAAUCAGGAAUCUACCAACCAUCGAAUCGAGGUUUUAUGGAUGACCUGACUAUGACUACCACCACACAUGUCCAAGCUAGAUGGGUUCUGUCUGCAUUGGAGGAGGUAGUCUCAUGGGCGAGGAUGAAAUUCAAGGCAAGAAAAUCAAGGUGCAUGAUAAUGAGGAAGGGACGACUGACACAACAGUUCAAGCUGAAAGUACAAGAAGCAGAGAUCCCAUCAAUUGCGGACAACCCAAUCAAGUACCUAGGAAAGUGGUUUGAUGCAUCACUGACAGAUACCAGCAACAUCAGCAGCAUGCAGAAGCAGUGGAAGGACUGGAAAGAUCCAUCAGCAGCUACCUGCGGAGGUGGCUUGGAGUCCCGCCAAGCCACAUCGUUGGUGGAGGAGUUCAAGGUAACAAAGGCCAGACUAGUGAUGGCGCUGCGAGAUUCAAAGGACGAGAAGAUAAGAAACGCAGGAAUCCAGACUAUGACAGGAAGAAAAUGGUCUGCAAGCCAGUCUGUGGAGCAGGCCGAGGGCGCUCUCAAGCACCGGGACAUCGUUGGAGCAACCUGCUCAGGCCGGCAAGGGUUGGGGAAAACCCAUUUUCAGGCGUGGGAAGGAUCAGAUGAUAAGGAGAAAAGAUCUCUGGUACAGGGAGAAAUCCGCAGAGAAGAAGAAGGGGCCAGGAAAGCAAGGGCAGUGGAAAUGGGCUCUCAAGGAGCAUGGACGAAAUGGAAGCUGCCGGAGCGAAAACUUACAUGGACAGACAUGUGGCGCUAUGAACCAUUGAGGAUCCAGUUCCUGUUGCGGCCAUAUCCUUUCGGCAUGCAAGACAGCGCAACACAGGGACGAUACCGGUGGAGACAUGACCAGGUGCUUCGGGAAUUGGCAGAUGUUCUCGAGGUGGAAAGGAAGAAGAAGAGACCACCUCGUAAGCACAAACCAUCCUUCAUCCGGUUUGUAAAAGCAGGGGAGAAGGAGACGAAAGCAACAUCAGGCAACACUGGCAUUCUGGAAGGGGCAGAGACAUGGGAGAUGAGAGUUGACCUGGGGAAGAAAUUGGUGUUUCCGGACGUCGUACAGACAACGCUACGUCCGGAUGUGGUGAUAUGGUCUGCCGAAUCCAGGCAGAUUAUAGUCAUCGAGCUGACUGUGCCCUGGGAGGAGCGGUGCGACCAGGCCAAUGAGAGAAAGAGAGCCAAGUAUACGGAGCUCAUGGAACAAUGUAGGGAGCGAGGGUGGCGUACUUGGCUGUUUCCUGUGGAGGUCGGAUGCAGAGGGUUCCCGGCACGCUCAGCCUGGAAGACAUUGCAGGCUGUGGGAUUAGUUGGAAAGACACGCAAGACGGCGGUGCGCAGGCUAGCAGAGGCUGCCGANGUACAUACAGGAUAG